CUGCAUUCGCUCCUGGUUUGUCGGAGUCGAAGAAAGUGCAAGCUGCUGAAGUUAAUCUGAAAGAAAGUGAAAUAAUAAUAAAAAAAGGAAACUUUUCUUUCGGUCUGAAUUCCGUGGAGCAGCAAACUCGCUUUGUUCCCUUUGAUUUUUAUUUUGCUGUAUUUUUUUUGUUGCUGUGUGAGGAGCUCUCUGCAAAAGGGGUUGAACCCACUCCCCACCCCUCCGCUCGGCGAGCCUGUGUGAGGAGACCAUGGUGUACGCGCUAUGUGUGCUGGCCGUGGCGACGCUGAGUGUCAAGUUGGCCGCCUCUCUGGGACCUAUCGUCCGCUGCGAGUCGUGCGACGCCCGGGCGCUGGCGCAGUGCAAGCCGCUGCAGGGAGACUGCCAGCCGGUCCGGGAGCCGGGCUGCGGCUGCUGCAUGACCUGCGCCCUCCGCCAGGGGCAGCAGUGCGGCGUCUACACCGAGCGCUGCGCCUCCGGCUUCACCUGUCUGCCCCGGGCAGGGGAGAGCAGACCCCUGCAGGCGCUGCUGGAAGGCAGGGGUCUCUGCACUAACCAGACGGCCAAAGUCCGCAUCCUGAACGCUGCAGGAAAUACCAACCGUUCAGAGGAUGAAAGGAAUGCCAGUAACUCUGGGAAUGAGUGGAGUCCCAACACACACCGAAUGCAAGAGAGUAAAAAUCACCAGCAGCAUAAUAAACUGCUGCGGAAAGAGGCAUCAAGAAAAUCUCAGCUGUACAAAAUCAACAACGAAGCAGAGAACACAGAAACUACCAACUUUUCUUCAGAAAUAAAACAUGACACAGAAUAUGGUCCUUGUCGUAGAGAAAUGGAAGACAUCCUAAAUAAUUUGAAAGCUGUAUCCAUUCUGAGCCCCAGAGGUGUAUACAUUCCAAAUUGUGACAAGAAAGGCUUCUACAAGAAAAAACAGUGUCGAUCAUCUAAAGGGAGGAGGCGAGGCUUAUGCUGGUGUGUGGACAAAUAUGGUACUCGGCUGCCGAGCUACGAAAGAAAUGGAGAAUUGCGUUGUUAUAGUUUUGAGAGUAAGUGAGGUAUCCUGCUGCUCCCAUGGAUUCUGUAUGUAUGUGAGAGAGAGAGAGAGAGA